CAUAUUGACCGUGUCAUUUACAUCAGUUGUGAUUCUAAGCAAGCCUUACCAAACUUUGUCACGUGAGUAACAAACAAACAAAAACAAUGGCAGCAUAUUUAUGCAUUUAUAGAUUAUGUCGUCCUCAAUCCAAUCGUUUCAAGGGGAUGCCUUUUAAGCCUGUCCGUGCUGUCUCUAUUGAUCUUUUCCCUCACACAGAUCAUUGUGAAUUGAUGGUUGAGUUUGUCCGUAUGAAACCAGAAGAAGAAGAAGAAGAACAACAACAACCAGAAGAAACUGUUUAGAAUGUAGUUUUCAUUGUAGUUUUUAUUGCAAUAAACUUUCUUUGUAUUUUAU